AUGUCGAUCUUGAUGAGAAUGAGGAUGGCACCAGAUCCGACCACGAGAAAUAACGACCGCGCAGCAACCACCAUAGCGACGCCCCAUCACUACACCAUGAAGACGUCCUCGAGGCCCCCCCUCAUCUCGUCCCACUCCCACUCCCUCUCCCUCUCUCGCCAUUCCCAGGCCAAUAUACAAUCAUUCCGCGCUAAUCGGACCACCACCCCGCUGGCCUCGCCGUGUCCUCCUCAUUCCGUCGGCCAGCCGUAUCCACCAAGUACCAAAGCAUCCCCCGCCGUGCCCGAGGUUCGAUCGCCGAGCCCCAACUACUUUGGCCUCAACGUUGAGGAUUCGACGGCCGACGUCCGAGACUCGGCCGUUGCUCCUCUCGACCACUGGAGCCCGCCAAGCUCAUCUGUCAAGUCCUUCGGCGCCGCCAUACCCAAACAGGUGCCUCUCGACGCCAACCCGGAGUUUGAGGCCUUUCGGCGUCAGGUUGACGCGAACCGAGCCAAGGGUUUCAACCUAGGUAGCGCUCAUUUUGCCACGAUCCAAUCCCCUCUAUCGACGAGACCCAGGCCGCUGCGCUUGCCGACUAACCACAGCGACAACGUCUCGGAGAUUUCUUCGACCAGGCCCUCGAGCAGCAAAGCUCUCGAUGGCGCGGGAGCCCGGAUGGAUGUCGACACAGACAGUCUACACGACUCGGCGUAUGUAUCAUCAGACUCGAAGAGAAAUUCGGAGGUAUCGCUGAAUACGCCAUCAUUUAGCCACCUGCCCCGUUUUGAGUCUCCUGCUCAGGUCGAUUCGCCCUUCGAACCAAUACGCAAGACUACAACGUUGUCCAAGGCUGACGAUCGGCACCCGCGUUUGUCGCUACCCCAGGAAAAGACGGAGCAGCUAACGGAAUCCGGGAAGCCCCGCGCUGAGACGGUGCCAGCAACGCUCGACGGCACCCCUGGUCUCCUUCUACCAAGCCAGCUAGGGGAGAUGCUCCAGAAUACCCCCGAGGACAGCAUACUCUUGCUAGAUGUCCGUGUGUCUACCCAAUAUGCCCAAUCACGGAUCCGCGGCGCCCUGAAUCUCUGUAUCCCCACGACCCUACUGAAGCGUGCUACGUUCAAUCUGGAAAAACUGCAGCAGACCCUCCAGACCGAGGAGGACCAGCACAAGUUCGCGCAGUGGCGGGACGUCGAAUACUUGGUAUUGUACGACGGCGCUUCGACAGAGAAGCGGGAUGCCGUCUCGGCAAUGAAUAUGUUCAAGAAGUUCUCCAACGAAGGAUUCUCUGGGCAUCCAUAUCUCCUGCGGGGCGGCUUCAACGCCUUCGCACUCGAUUGUCCCCUAUUCAUCGAUCACCGGUCGGCCUCGGAACGGCCUGGCACCACAGUUACCUCGGACGGAGGGCGGCCGAGCUUCGCACCCGUGAUCGGCGGCGUAACGCUGCCAUCGGGUGCGAAUAAUCCCAACCCCUUCUUCAGCAACAUACGACAGAACAUGGACUUGACGGAUGGUGUCGGGCAGUUGGACAUUUCGGUGCCGUCGAAUCUAGAUGCCAGUGCCCUCCCUCGCUGGUUGCAGGACGUGACCAGGUCGUCGGACCACGGCAAGAAGGCCUCCGAGAGAUUUCUCCAGAUUGAGCGUAGUGAGCAAACCCGCAUGAAGGAAGCCUAUGCGUUCUUCAACACCUCUGCGCCUCCCACCGCCAGCUACGGAGGGGUCCGCCUGUCAGGGGUAGAGCAAGGGGGAAAGAAUCGUUACAAAGACAUACUCCCCUUCGAGCACGCCCGCGUCCAUCUAGCCGGCCGAAAGGAUGGCGCCUGCGAUUACAUCAACGCCAGCCACGUCCGCGCUUCACGAAGCUACAAACGUUACAUCGCCUCACAGGGUCCUCUUCCGGCCACGUUCGAGGACUUCUGGUCGGUGAUUUGGGACCAAGACGUCCGCGUCAUCGUUAUGCUGACUGCUGAAUCGGAGGGCGGCCAGCUCAAAUGUCACCCAUACUGGCAAAGCAAGGAAUUCGGACCGAUCAGGCUCAGGCCUCUAUCCGAGAAGAAAGUUUCGCUUGAUAUCGACAAGCAUCGGCUGGGCUCAGGAACGGCUUCGUCGUCUACAAAUAAUGUGUCGGCAGAGUCCGGACGGCGCCGCGCUUUUACCACGACCACACUUGAAUCCGCAGCCCAGAACCCUCCACCUCAAGCACAGCCUGAGGCUCCGUACGUUAUCGUGCGGAAGUUCUUGUUGUCUCAUACGGCUCAUCCCUUCUCCCCUAUACGCGAGAUCACCCAACUUCAAUACGCGUCAUGGCCAGAUUUCGGCGCGCCAGCGCAGCCGUCACACCUGCUAGCGCUUGUCGAGCUCGCCAACCUGAUGCAACAUGCCGCCCUACCGGUCGACGCUAGUUCGAUCGCGGCGUCGGUCGCCACCGAGAAUCCGGCGCUGGCGAAUUGGCUCGAGCCCGAAUCGGACGCGAACGCCAGACCGAUGCUUGUGCACUGCUCCGCCGGUUGCGGCCGUACGGGCACGUUCUGUACCGUGGAUAGCGUGAUAGACAUGCUUAAACGUCAGAGGCUGGCUUCGACGAACCGGCCAGAUGUUGACGGAGAUGUAAGCAUGGACGGAAGCCCCCCCAACCGCUAUCGGGGCGCCGCCGCCGCCGGCCUCCCGGCCGGGCCAACGGUAACCUUGAACGGGGAUGUCGAAAGCAGUUGGCUGGAGGACACGAGUCUCGACCUAGUCGAGACGACGGUGGAGGAUUUCAGAAGACAACGUCUGAGCAUGGUCCAGACCCUGCGGCAAUUUGUUCUCUGCUACGAGACAGUGGUUGAAUGGAUCUGGAGGGUCCAGGAAAAGACCAGGGGCACCGCCGGAGGUAGGGGACGGCCUCAGAGUGAGAUCUUUGAGCCCCGGAAUAUGGCGAUAGGACAUGAAUGAUAGGCCCGACCAGAUUAUAUUUCCAGCCCGACGCCCGUUGCGAGAUCUGGGAUGUCGGGGAGACGGGAAGGAGUAGGUAGGCUCGAGGAAACUGCCUGCAUUUUGCAUUUGCACCAGCACCAGCAUCCAUCAUCCAUUUCCACUGAUAAUGGGUUCGGAAGGGCCGGAUUAACCAGGUCGGGUGGAUAUGGCAACUCAUAAGGAUUCGAGGAAUAUAGGCGUUUCUGGAUCAGCGGCAUAGCAUUUUUUUCCUAACCUUUUUAUCUUCUCUUUUUGUUUCCACCCCCGAACGGGCCAGAGACAAAUCGUUAUAACUGGAAAAGUAGAGCCGGGACAAGGGAAAUACGAGGGAGGGC